GUAAUUAAUUUCCUCGUCCUCUUGACCUUUUUUUCGCCAUUGGCAAUUACAUUCCUCUGGGCUUUGAAGAGUUGGAAAGAUUUUGUCAGAUAUUUCCCGGCAGUCUAUCGACCUCAUCACGGAGUCGUUACCACAUUCUGUCCAUCCAAUCUUGUGCCACAUCUGCCUGUCCACUGUGACUACGGAAACACGAAAGCAAACCACGCCACCCCCGUCGCCAGUUCGCCUGCCUCACCAACGCAGCAGCAGCAGCAGACCGAAACUGCAGCAAUUAAUUGCCUUCACCUUCCUUACCUUACGGCGUACCUUGGUGGCAUAACAACAACCCUCAAUCGGGGCCGCCUCCCCUAUUCUUGUUUUACCUGACCGUCCUCACCUUGCAGACCUAAAGUACCCUUUUAGGCUUACCGUGCCACACCGGUACCCGCAAGCCGCACCGCUCCCGCACCACCGCUGCCUCACCUAACGCAGAACACAGAACACAGGCGCAGGCGCAGGCGCAGCAGCACCUUCCUUCCUGUCUUCCCUUCCUUGCGCUUCCCUUCCCGGCCGCUCGACCAUUUUCCAAUUGUCCGGUACUCGUUUCAUUUCCAGACACACAGCAUUGAACACACCAACAAACCCUUUUUCCACUUCCACAUCCAGAAUUCUGCCUUUUGCUUCUGCUUCUGCCUCUGUCUCCUCUUGGUUUUGUUGUUCUCUUUGUCCCGUCUUGUAAGGCCAACUCCUACCACGACGACACGUUCUGCCGUAGUCCAAACCUCUACGGACACCUACGGACGACACUUCUUCCCAUUUCUUUCCAUCACCGUGUCACUCACUGUUGGGCUCCCCUCUCUUCUUAUUCUACUCCAUAUCAUCUCUCAGGCUCUCUCCUCUGGUCGCAUUCUCAGUCGUCAAUAGUCGACACUUCCAUUCUUUCGCCGGACCCCGACCUACCUCGUACUGUGUGUGCGUGUGUCUACCGGUACCACCAAUCACCCCAUCGCUAUCUCUCGCCCUCUCACCACCUCACCACCUGGUUACCAGGUAGCCCAUACGACUCUCUCCCUCCGCCUUGGCCUCCACCCCCUCCUCUGCUCUCCUCUCCAUCGUCUGCUCUCCUCCCGCCGCUGUCCUUCUUAUCGGCGCUUCCACUCAUUGGGCCGUUUCCCUGACGCUGCGCACGCGACCGACCGCGUAAAGUGGCUUGGGCGAAGCGAAGAGACCCCAGCGCAGCGCUACUUUCCACUGGGACCAACCUGACGAAUACGGCCGCCAGCCGACCAAAACAGCUGCUCAGCAUUGUUGUGACCCCCCCGGUCUGCGUUAUCCAGGGUCUCUGAAUUAUUGGCACUUCAUUUCCCCCACCAUCGUCAAAGCAGCCCAGAGCCAAUCUCCCUUCGCCUUUUUUCCCUUCCGCUUGAUCAGCAAUCCCGCUAUCGCCGCCGUCGCCGCCGCUCCCCCGUUUCCCCCCCUUGGAGAGAGUCCGUCUGGCCAUGAUCUAGGAACGGCUUCAACCCUCCUCUCUCCGAAAAUCUUAGUUUUUCGACCCAAAGAAUCGCCCACUCCGAUCCCGACGACCAUGUCCGUUUGCGUCGAACACUCCUUUCCUUCAACCGACGACGACUCCAACGUCACGAACAACGUCCCCCGAGACCGAGACCCCUCCGGUACUGAUAGGCGACAGUCGCGAGACGACUAUCAUGCCAACGCCAACGCCACUGAAGAGUUGACCUCGAUUAUGACAGCCUCUGCCUCCAUCCUUUCAACCAUACUCAACACCUCAUCCAACCCAGUAUCACCCGGCCCAUCCAGCCCACCCCUCGAGCAGGCAAAGAGCAAUGAAUUCGUGCCCCCGACUCGUCCAAGCAGCACGCCCUUCUUACACCCCGAUCAACGGAACUCGGAUUGCUGCACUCCGAUGGCCGACGACGUCGAUGCCUACGGAGGCCCGGGCAUCACCACUCCUUCCUAUACUCUCGAGACCCCCGAGGUCACGCCCUCCCUGAAUCUAAAUGACUUACCGGCCGAAAUUCACGAAUGCAUUCUCGACCACCUUUUCGGAUACCGAGUAUCCACAAACUCCAAGAGCUCGGUAGGCAUGCAGAGUGUGACCAAGAGUUGGGGAACCGCACUUCGCCAUUCCCGACGCAGGGAGUUGUCAGAACUUGCUCUCGUCAGUCCCGUCUGGAGAAUCCUAAUUCAGGAGCGCCUAUACCGUCACAUCAAAAUCAAGGCCACUAUCGAAUCGCUAGAGCUGGCCAUGAUGUACUUUAGCGAACACAACCACCUCCGGCACUACGUCAAGCACAUUGAGAUUUGGUUCCCAGUCUUCCAGCCCAAGUACGGUCCGCUGGCGUUGAGCACUACUCUUGCUCUUCCCACGGUAACAAUGGAUGGAUUGACAAACGCGACCUAUACGCUCCCCGCCAACAACUGCAGCCUCGAAGAGGCCUUCACCUUUGUCUCGAUGGCUCUUCCUGACGUUUGUGUCUUGACUAUCGAGGGAGGGGAAAGAAAGAAGGCACCAAAGGUACAGCACAGUUGGCAUAAGCGGCCCGCUGGCUGGCAUCUGCCGACCCUUCAUUCGGUUCGUACCUUGGUCACCAAAGGCCAGUGGAACCUGAUGCGCGAAGACUCGGAUUUCUCAGCCUUCCUAGCAGCUCUCCCCAACCUCAACGAGUGGCACGGCUCCUACAGCAAGCCCAAGUCGAAGAGUUACCUGAGCAUGGCCAGCAUUUUACCCAAACUACCCACAAAUCUCACUUACCUCAACUUGUGCCUGGAAAGCGACUACCGGCGGGAGCUCACGUGCCCUCCAUUCUACAUGAAGGUUUCCAACCAGGUUCACUUCUGCUCGAAGCUGGCCGAGGCAACUCCCGCGCUGGAGCAUUUGGCUUACACCGGCCGCGUUUGCAAGAAUUUCUUCAACAUGGCGGCGAUCAGAUCGGAUUCGAGAACGACACGACUCAAGACGAUUGACCUAACGGUCAAGAAUUGCUGUCGUCCUGUACCUCAGUUCCACGAUUCUGGCAGCGGGAUUCAGGACAUGAACUUUAUUCACUCGUUCGAGAUGCUUGUGUUGGCAGGCAUUCAUUCCAUGUCGACUCUCAAGGCUCUGGACUACCUGCGGAUUCGCUUCGUGGACUUGGACUCUCCCGUCCCUCCCUUGAAUCCCUACUUUGUCUUGAGAGACGGCUGGUGUUCCGGUGUCUGGAGCGACAACAUCCUGGCAGAGCUGAAUCGAGUCCGGCCAAACGCAAAGUUUGAGCAGUUGAGCGAGUCAUUCGGCGAAGUUGGUUUCAAUAAAGACGGUCGCAUGAUUAUCAGCCCCGAUUACCCUCGAUCGCGAGUCUUGUCUCUCAAGCUCGCCAACUACGCACUAUUGGCGGGCAGCGUUGCUGCAUUGCCGUAAAGGGUUUGUUGAACCCGCAACACCACACCAAGACGCCUUGGUACACUCCCGCAUAGCGACACACUCGCACAGCGGGGUUUCCUAUUUUGAAAUUUGACGACAACACCACACAACGAACAUGCAAGCACAGCAAUAAGGGGUUCACUUGAGAGGCGUUAAUUUGAGGUUUCCGCGCCAUAGAUGGACAGCAUCAUACCCCUAAUUUGAUUUGGGAAAGUUCUGGGUCUGUGAUUCUUGCUACCUUGACGGAGUUUGGGCUCGGCACGUGGGACGAGGGGGGUAAUUCGGAGUCUAUAGGGCGGGAAGACUUAGUACUCCUCUAUAUUUGCGGCAUGCUGUUCGUUUGGCUCUUGCAUUUGCAUGCUAAAAGAGUUACGGAAGUCUACUUUUGCUCCAGUCAUACACAAGGUUAACAAAAAGGUUUCUUUUUCAGACAACAGGCCUUGUUACGUUUCCGUGAUCUUCUUCUAUACUAGUUGCAAGUAACGCGAUGUAGAUGGAAAGAUGUAGCGGCCAUAGUCACAGGUCUGCAUUGUUUCCACGAGUACUCAGGCCACCCUUUCCUGCGAAUCUCGUAGACGUCUGGCCGGUAAGGCUACAUGUACCGUUCACUGACGGCUGAGGCACCAAAGCCUCGUAGGUUCUUCUGACAGACUGCCGACGUCAAUAUAGAAUGUGGGGCAGUCACGAAUUUUGGGUUGCCAUUGAUUGCCUUGUACCGCAGUCUAGGUUUUGAUUGGUCUUGGAGCGAGUAUAAUACUAUGGUGAUGCCUUGAGAU